CGCUUUGCAGAGAAGGUUCUCUGGCAUGCGAAUUCUCUGCAACUGCCUGUUACGAUUGCUGUUAUGUUCUCUACAUUUCCUCUCUCCGUCAGUGCGUCUGUAUUCGCCGAUUUGGGGACAGAUCAAGACCAUCAUGUCUUGUCACAACUUUAAUCUCAUAGUGAUGGUUCGCGGUGGUCAUUGUGUGAUUGUGUCGGUAGGGAGACUCCUAGAGAUUUCACGAUGCCGCAGACAAGAUCAUCCAGGCCAGGACAGAUCUGCAAUGAGCGAGAGCAACCCCCAUUUCUUCCGUUCCUUUGCUAUCAUCUUCCCCCAUUUGCCCUGUUCCCUUUUCUUUUCUGAUAUCCCUAUACUAUUGCUGGUGGCCAUGUCAUCACCUCAUCUCAUCUCAUGUCUCCUCAUCAUGGAUCCAGCCUGUGACCAUUUUGCCCAUUAAAAAAGAGAUACUACUAGGGAUUGAUUAAUAGAUGCACAGAGACAAAAAUAGAAAAAGUCAGCUGUUGCGGUGGCUGGAUAUAUCUAUAAUUGUCUGGUUGGUUUUCCGGUGGGAGGGGAGGCAGCCGCCGCUAGAAUUGCAAAGCAUAGGAGUAGGGACAAGUGCGUUUUCAGCGGCAUAUUGCGCCAGGAUACGGACAGAGCUAUAGAUGGAUCACGCAUUCAGGCCCUGGUGCGAGCGCGGCCCCCUACCAUUUUUCCUUCCACUUCUGCUGAUACCCCGGACCCGAUCAGCCGAUCUGCUCUCCUCUAGCUCCAUUUGCCGUCUCCCUCGUCACCUACCCGAUAAAAAAGCAAUCCAUCCCCUCUCAGCCCGGGGCCCCGGGGGUAACAUCAGGUCGUCCUUAUCCGCGUGCUGUGAGUUGCUUUGCUGGCCUUCAAAUCAGGGCUGCCGGCUCCAGGCCACUGCCACCUGGGUGUGUUCUUUUCGGGGGCACAUCACACAUGGCGUCCGCGUAGGCAGGGGCCAGGGGAGCGGGAGAGGGCUUGCCCUGGGGUUCAGUGGCUAUUCUCUCUGACUACUGCUAACUGUAUGCUCCGUGGCCGGAGCUUCUGGAUCGGAGGAUCUCGGAGCCGCGUCCACGUCCACCAAAAAUCCCAUCAGCGUUGGAUCCUGCGUUCAACGGUCUAGAUCUUUAGAAGCGGAUUCUCGCCUAUGACAGCUUCUCCUGCUUCUCAUUAGCUUCUCUCUCGCUUCUCGUCCGCUUCCCCUACUUCUCUUCAGAAUCCGGCAAAUCAAAUAUAUAGCGCCGCUCCAGCUUCUCCUUCCAGAUUCUUUCCUCUUCUCUUUCUCACGCGUCGAUCCUCUCUCCCUCGUCCUCCCGACGCUACGGGCGACGGCGCCGGGGGCGAGCGGGGCGGCAGCGGCGGGCGCCACCCUCCUCCUUCUCCUCCUCCUCCUCCUCCUCCUCCUCCUCCUCUCUCCUUCUCUCCCCUUCCCUACCGAGGCAGCGGUGGGCGUGGCGAGGCAACGGCGCCUCCUCCCCCCGUGGGCGGCAGCGGCGGCCCCCUCCCUCUCCUCGUCCUCCGCGCGGCCUCUUCGAUGCCUCCUCGGCCGGGUAACGUGCGCUUCUCUGCUCAGUGAAACCCUAGGUAUUGGGGAAACCAACUCCGGGUGGGGAGCUGAGUUGGGAGGAGGACUGCUGCAGCCAUGAAGGCCCUCAUUCUCGUCGGAGGCUUCGGCACCCGCCUGCGGCCGCUGACGCUCAGCGUGCCCAAGCCGCUGGUGGAUUUCGGCAACAAGCCCAUGAUCCUGCAUCAGAUCGAGGCUCUGAAGGAAGUUGGUGUUACAGAGGUUGUCCUGGCCAUCAAUUACCAGCCUGAGGUGAUGCUCAAUUUUCUCAAGGACUUCGAGAGCAAGCUUGGCAUCAAGAUCACCUGCUCUCAGGAGACGGAGCCCCUCGGGACCGCUGGGCCGCUGGCCCUGGCCCGCGACAAGCUCAUGGACGGCUCCGGCGACCCUUUCUUCGUGCUCAACAGCGACGUGAUCAGCGAGUACCCGUUCGCGGAGCUCAUCGAGUUCCACAGGGCCCAUGGUGGCGAGGCCACGAUCAUGGUGACCAAGGUGGACGAGCCGUCCAAGUACGGCGUGGUGGUCAUGGAGGAGGGCACCGGCAAGGUGGAGCGGUUCGUGGAGAAGCCCAAGGUGUUCGUGGGCAACAAGAUCAACGCCGGCAUCUACCUGCUGAACCCGUCCGUGCUGGACCGCAUCGAGCUGAAGCCGACGUCCAUCGAGAAGGAGGUGUUUCCGCGCAUCGCGGCGGACCAGGGCCUCUUCGCCAUGGUGCUCCCAGGGUUCUGGAUGGACAUCGGGCAGCCGAGGGACUACAUCACGGGCCUGCGCCUGUACCUGGACUCGCUGCGGAAGAAGGUGCCCGCCAGGCUCGCGUCGGGCGCGCACGUCCUGGGCAACGUGCUGGUGCACGAGACGGCCGUCAUCGGGGAAGGAUGCCUCAUCGGGCCCGACGUUGCUGUCGGCCCCGGGUGCGUAGUGGAGGCCGGGGUGCGGCUGUCCCGCUGCACCGUCAUGCGCGGCGCGCGCGUGAAGCAGCACGCCUGCGUCUCCAGCAGCAUCAUCGGAUGGCACUCCACCGUUGGAAAGUGGGCACGCGUGGAGAACAUGACCAUCCUUGGGGAGGACGUGCACGUCUGCGACGAGAUCUACAGCAACGGCGGCGUCGUGCUCCCGCACAAGGAGAUCAAGUCCAGCAUCCUCAAGCCCGAGAUCGUCAUGUGAUGGAUCCAGGAGGAAAUCUGGGUGGGGGCGCCAAAUCCAAAUUACAAGGGCCCCUUGCAACCCAUCGCAAUGUGCUUCAUACUUUUGUUGUUUGAUUUUUUGCUCGGUUGUCUCUUGUCUGCAACUGUAACCAACUUGUCUAGUGUUUGCCAGCUAUAUGGUUAAGGCAAAUUUCAGGUUUCGCGCCCGUGCGUGUAGAUAGGGAUCAGAUGAAUGGAAAUAACAAAAGUUUUCGUCGUGUUAUUAUAAGUUGAUGAGCAAUUGCUUUGUUCU